UUCUUUUCUCUGCUGUCGUAAUGUCUAACGAAGAAGCGGCUACAAUGGCGACCUCCAGCUUCUACAUGUGUUGUCUUUUCUGAGAGCUUUCGUGGGAUAAUUUGCGAUAUUCAGUCUGUACACACGCAACCAUUUACAACAAAUAAAGAUUAUAUUCACAGCCAGACAUAUUUCUCUUCGAAAAUGAAGGCAAAGGCGCGUCGCAAGGGCAAAGCUGGAAAGCAAACACACACGGAUAAACUUCAGAAAUUCAAGGAUUCCGUUAAUGACUUUGUGAAGAGCAAAGGCGGCCUCGGUGAAAAUGAAAGCGACCGAAGAGGAUUAUUCGUAAAGAGGAAAAGCAGAAAAGAGCUGCGCAAAGAGAAACGUAAGUUAAAGAAAGCCAAAAAGAAAAGUCACUACACGGGACAGUCCCUGCAGAGCCCCAGCGAGGACCCUGCUCCAAACACUCCUGCUGCGAAGGAGGAAAAGACACACAAACCAGCCCUGAAGACCACUGGAAAUCUUAAAGAUGCCGCUCAGAAACAGCAGAAGGCAAAUAAAGACAGUGUUAAUACUAAAGACAAUAAAGAAGAGAAGACAAAGAGGAAAGUCCACUUCUCCGAAGAUCCGCCAAAACAGAGAGAGAAAUCUGGUCUGAGCGGGAGCAGAAAGCGGGCUCUGUUAGAGGCGAAUAUCGAGGAGGACAAAGAAAUAAAGAGAUUAGAGAAACGCCUUGGGCUGAAUAAAAGAAAGAACAAAAAGAGUCUCCCUCAGUCAUUCACCAGCGAUGGACUCGAUUACAUUUUGGGGAUUCUUGAGCCUGGAGCAUCUGCAACGGGCCUGUAUGAGAGUGAUGAAGAAAUGGACAUCGACAAAGCUAAAGAUGACUUUGAGGAGCUGGACGAGGACAGCGACGGGCACAUGACAGACGAUGAGAACAAGGAUGACGCUGACAGUGAUGAAGAGGAUGAUGCACAGAUAGAAGAAGAGCAGGAUGUAGAAGAUGACAACCAGACAGAAGAUGAGGUGGAAGGAGAUGAAGAAGAUGACACCCAGACAGAAGAUGAGGUGGAAGGAGAUGAAGAGGAGGAGGAUGUAGAAGAUGACACCCAGAUGGAAGAUGAGGUGGAAGGAGAUGAAGAGGAGGAGGAUACAGAUGCAUCAGAGGAAAAUGAUGAUGAUGGGGAGGAAGUUGACACUGAACAAAAAACACCUGAAAGCCAGGAGCCCAAUCCUGCCACAUCAGGCAAGUAUGUUCCCCCUCACUUACGAGAAGCCAUGGACAGCAAACGCAAAGCCGAGCUGGAGAAACUGAAGCGCACUGUGAAAGGUCUAAUAAACAGGUUGAGUCAGCCCAACAUGGCAUCCAUCAGCAGUCAGUUGGAAGAGCUGUACAUGAGCACCAGCAGGAAGGACAUGAACGAAACACUCACUGACAUUCUGCUGGCCGCCUGUGUCACACCUGCUCUCAUGCCUGAAAGGCUUCUAAUGGAGCACAUCCUUCUUGUCAGUGUCCUUCAUCAUAGUGUUGGCCUGGAGGUUGGAGCUCAUUUUCUAGAGACUGUAGUCCGUCAGUUUGAUAAAACCUACAGUCAGCUUGAUGCUACAGACAAAGAAUGUGACAACUUGGUGUCCAUAAUUGCCCACCUCUACAACUUCCAUGUGGUCCAUGCUCUCCUGGUGUUUGACAUUCUGAAGAAGCUGGUGACACGUUUCAGCGCAAAGGAUGUAGAACUGGUUCUGCUGGUGCUGAAGAACGUUGGGUUCGCUCUGAGAAAGGAUGAUCCGCUAGCUCUUAAGGAGCUGAUCUCCGAGGCUCAGCGGAAAGCCAACGCUGAAGGAGAGCGUUUUCAAGACCAAACAAGGAUUCGGUUUAUGUUGGAGACUAUGCUGGCGCUGAAGAACAAUGACAUGAGGAAGAUUCCAGGUUAUGACCCAGAACCUGUGGAGAAGUUAAGGAAACUGCAGAGGACUUUGAUUCACAGCAGUGCGGGUGGAAGUGACAUGAAGUUGAGAGUCUCACUAGACAGUCUUCUGGAAGCUGAGUGUGUUGGUCGUUGGUGGAUUGUAGGAUCUUCCUGGAGUGGGGCACCCAUGAUCGAUGACCAUGGAAACAAGACAACUACCCCAUCCACCAAAGGGGAACAAUACAGUGCAAAGAUGUUGGAGCUUGCACGCAAACAAAGAAUGAACACUGACAUCAGGAGGAACAUUUUCUGUGUGCUUAUGUCAAGUGAAGACUAUUUAGAUGCCUUUGAGAAACUUUUAAGGUUAGGAUUGAAAGACCAACAAGAGCGGGAAAUUGUUCAUGUUCUGAUGGACUGCUGCCUGCAAGAGAAAAUGUUCAAUGGAUUCUAUGCGGUUCUGGCAGAGAAAUUUUGCUCACACGACCGGCGGUUCCAGAUGACUUUUCAGUUUAGUCUUUGGGACAAGUUCAAAGACCUGGCAAACCUUUCCAGUCGGCCCUUCAGUAACCUGGUCCAGCUGGUCACUCAUCUUCUACACAGGAAGUGUCUCUCUCUUUCCAUUCUUAAGGCUAUUGAGUUUGGGGAGCUGGAUAAGCCCAAAGUCAAAUUCUUGAAGCAGGUUCUCUCAAAACUCCUAAAAGAAACCGAGCCAGAAGAUCUCGUGAAUAUAUUUGGCAGGAUCUCUGGAAUCCCCAAGCUGGGAAUGCUUCGGGAAGGCUUGAAGCUUUUCAUCAGUCACUUUCUGCUCCGGAACAUCCAGACAGAAGAAACUGAGCAAGCCAAGGUCCUCAAGGAUAGAGCUGAGGUCGCCACCAAAGCCAUGGAGGCCCGGGAUGCCAAAAUGAGGCUAUAGAGCUCUUGCACACAAAAAUGUGUGUAUAAUGCUUCGGACUCAAAAAGUGAGAAUUACUACAGGGAACUGUAUUUGAGCCUUUAUGCCUUACAACACAUGCAGAUCACUGACAUGUUACUGCAUUUUUGUAUUAAUUCUGGCAUUCUGUACAAAAAUAAAACGUAAAAUGUGUAAAGUAUAUAAAUAAAUUUUAGUGUGUUUUAAAGAAUUACCACAAAA